CUGGGCUCUCCUAAGCCGCUUCUUCCCUGUUUGCAUGUGCAUUGGAGUGGUGUGUGUUCCAGUCCUGGCAGGAGUUGAACCAACCUCCUGCAGACAUGGCAGAGGAGGACCUGAUUUUUCGUAUGGAAGGCAUUGACAAUGCCAGACCAACUGCAGUGGACUCUGGGAAUUAUCUUGGUGCUGAUAGUGAUGAUGAAGACAAUUAUUUUAUCUGUCCAAUAACUGAUGAUCCAGUUUCUAACAAGUCUGCCAAUACCAAAGUAGACAAUUAUUACAGCAGCUUAGCAAAAACUGAGCAGUACAGCUCAAGCUCUUCUCCCAGAAGCUUUAGCUUUAAGAAUGACACACAACAUCGUUCUAAGCAUGGCUCUGUGGUUGACCAUGGUCGGGAAACCUGGAAACAUGCUAUUGAGAAAGCCAAGCACAUGCCUGAUCCCUGGGCAGAAUUUCAUCUGGAGGACGUUGAGACGGAGCAUGCCACUCGUUACAGGUACAAUGCUGUUACUGGGGACUGGGUUGAAGAUGAAGUCCUUAUCAAGAUGGCUUCUCAACCUUUCGGCCGUGGAGCAAUGCGAGAGUGUUUCAGAACAAAAAAGCUGUCCAACUUCUUACACACUCAGAACUGGAAAGGUGCCUAUAAUUAUGUUGCCAAGCAAUACAUAGAGAGUGUGAGCAGGGAUGUUUAUUUUGAGGAUGUUCGACUGCAGAUGGAAGCAAAACUCUGGGGAGAAGAGUACAACCGGCACAAGCCACCGAAACAGGUGGAUAUAGUGCAGACCUGUAUUAUAGAAAUGAAGAACAGGCCUGGAAAGCCUCUCUUUCAUCUGGAACAUUACAUUGAGGGCAAAUACAUCAAAUACAACUCAAAUUCUGGAUUUGUGCGAGAUGACAACAUUCGUCUAACUCCACAAGCCUUCAGUCACUUCACCUUUGAGCGCUCAGGACACCAGCUCAUUGUUGUUGAUAUCCAGGGAGUUGGAGAUCUUUACACAGACCCUCAGAUCCAUACAGAGAGUGGUACAGAUUUUGGAGAUGGCAACCUAGGUGUUCGAGGUAUGGCCUUGUUCUUUCAUUCUCAUUUCUGCAACAACAUCUGCAAAAGCAUGGGGCUUGCACCAUUUGAUCUUUCAUCCAAAGAGAAAGAUGCCUUGGAUUAUAACAAAAAAUUGCUUGAAUCUGCUCAGACAAUUCUCCGUGGCACAGAGGAGAGGUGCGGCAGCAGCCGGCUGCGGACGGUGUCCGGGAGCCGCCCCCCGCUGCUCUUCCGCCUGUCGGAAACCUCCGGGGAUGAGAGCCUGAGUGAUGUGGCGUUUGACUCCCUGCCCUGCUCGCCCUCCUCUGCAACCCCUCACAGCCACAAGGUGGACGUGCUUAAUUGGCCUGUGUUCAGUGAAGUAGAUAAUUUGGAUCAGCUUGACAACAAAAGGGAUUUUGAAAAUGGUGGAGACAGUGGGUAUCCCAGUGAAAAGAGAAGUGAGACAGAAGAUCUGGAUCAUAGAGAGAGGGGCCAUUCAAACAACAACCGGAGGCAGGAGUCUGAUGAAGACAGUUUGGGAAGCUCUGCAAGGGUCAGUGUGGAGAAGUGGAAUCUUUACAACUCUUCCAGAGUCCACAUCCACAGACCGUCCUGUGUUGCCCAAGAAAUUCAGAGGCUCAAUGCACUGGAACUUGAAAAGAAAAUUGGGAAGUCAGUCCUUGGAAAGGUGCACCUGGCCAUGGUUCGCUACCACGAAGGCGGGCGCUUCUGUGGGAAGGAGCAGGAAUGGGAUCGGGAGUCAGCCCUGUUCCACCUGGAGCACGCUGCAGACUGUGGGGAGCUGGAAGCCAUCGUUGGGUUGGGCCUCAUGUGCUCUCAGCUGCCACAUCACAUUCUGUCUGAGGUCACUCUCGAGGAUACAAAGGAGAACAGAAAUAAAGGAUUUAAUUACUUGCUGAGAGCAGCAGAAGCUGGAGACCGGCCUUCCAUGAUUCUGGUAGCAAGAGCCUAUGAUACAGGUGUAAACCUUGGUGCAGACAGGGCCCAGGAUUGGAAGGAGGCACUUCACUGGUACAACGCUGCACUGAACAUGACCGACUUCGACGAGGGAGGUGAAUAUGAUGGCACUCAGGAUGAGCCCCGGUACCUGCUCCUGGCCAGGGAGGCAGAGAUGUUAAUGAUGGGAGGGUUCAACCUGGAUAAGGAUCCCCAGAGAUCAGGUGAGCUUUACACAGAAGCAGCAGAAGCAGCCAUGGAAGCCAUGAAGGGCAGACUGGCAAAUCAGUACUACCAAAAAGCAGAAGAGGCUUGGGCAAUGAUGGAAGAAUGACACUGAAAUUCAGCAGUUCUUGUAUAUAAAUUUGUUAUAGACUUGCUGCAUUUGCAGCUACAAAGAUGUAUUUUUAUGUGAUGUUACCAGGUUGGUUUUUUUUCAUAUUUUAGUUUUAUAAUUUUUUUUGAGGGUAGAAAUCUAAAUGUAAGUAGUAUGUAGGGUGCCAUAGCAUACUUCUGUUUGUGUUUUAAAGCUGUAAUACACACACACUUGAACCUUUUAUACUUUUUUUUACUGUUAGAACUGAGGGGCCUAGUUUUUUUGACCAAAGAAAACAAGGCCUUAUUGUUUAGGUUUUACAUGUCCUGUUUUUUACACAGCAAAUGAUCCGUUUGUUUACAUUUUUCUUCUCCUCCCCACAUACAGAAAAGCAUUUUCCUAAAUUCUCAGCAUUUCUUGAUCAUUUUUGGUGUAUCUCACCUAAUUUCCACAUGAAUGUAAAUUUUCAGUUUAUGGAUGCAGCUACUGAUGUUAAUAAGUAGUCCCAUUCUAUUUUGCUGACAUUGUUGGACACUUAUUCUCAAAAGAAUUUCAGAUGGAAUCCUUAUUUUGGGGAAUGGUAGAAAAGAUGAUUCAGAUUGGCAGUGAGGAUUUUCAGGGUGGAAUGUUUUAUUCAUUACUAACAUUGCAUAUUACACCAUUAGAAAAUCAUUCAUGUUCCUGG